AUGGUCCUAAAGGGAGAUGGCGAGUAUGAAUCCCAAGAUGAGACAGAGACCGCAGCCGUGAUCUCGGAUGAGGAAGUGACCGACUACCCAGAGACAGGCGAGCUACUAGUGACCCGGAGAGCUCUUAGCACCCUCUUUGAUCCAGAAACCAUCCAGCGGGAGAACAUCUUUCACACAAGAUGUAGUAUUGAUCACAAGGUAUGUAGCUUGAUCAUUGAUGGUUGUUCUUGUACUAACGUGGCUAGCAAGUAUCUUGUUGAUAAGUUGGGGUUAGUCAAAACUGCCCAUCCUCGGCCAUACCGUCUCAAAUGGUUCAAUGACGAGACUGAGCUUAAGAUUGCCGAACAAGUUGUUGUAUCCUUCGGUAUUGGCAAGUAUCAUGACCAGGUCAAGUGUGAUGUUGUACCCAUGCAAGCCGGCCAUAUACUUCUAGGAAGGCCAUGGCAGUUUGACAAGGAGACUCUUCACCAUGGACGUACCAACAUCUAUAGCUUCACCCACCACAACAAGAAGCACAGCCUAGCACCUCUCAGCCCCCAAGAAGUUCAUGACAUGCAGAAGGCAAUGGCACAGUCCAGCCAGGAAGGAUGCUUUGCAGGUUUUGAGGCUCCUGAAGUACCAGAUGUAGUACAAGACCUCAUGGGAUGUUACAAGGAUGUCUUUCCUGAUGAGAUCCCAGCCGGCUUACCCCCUGUCCGUGGCAUAGAACAUCAGAUCGACCUUGGCCUGAAGGUUGAUGAGGAGAAUAUCAAGGCGAUAGAAGACUGGCCGACCCCGACCACGAUCGGACAUGUCGGCAGCUUCCAUGGACUGGCCAGUUUCUAUCGACGAUUUGUGAAGGAUUUCAGUACCCUCGCCGCCUCAAUGACCUUCGUGAUCAAGAAGAAUGUAUCCUUUACUUGGGGUCCUGCCCAAGAGGAGUCUUUCAACCGGCUUAAAUAUAGUUUGACACACGCACCGGUCCUAACUCUUCCUGAUUUUGAUAAACCUUUUGAGAUUGAGUGUGAUGCUUCAGGGACAGGAAUAGGAGCCACCACACUCAAGAAGAGGCAUGCUAGGUGGCUGGAUUUCGUGGAGACUUUUCCCUAUGUGAUCAAGUACAAGAAGGGAAAGGACAACGUAGUGGCCGAUGCUCUAUCCCGGCGCCACACCCUCAUUACCACCAUGGAGGCUAAGAUCUUGGGUUUUGAACAACUUAAAAUGUCUUAUGAAACUGAUCGUGAUUUUUCUGAGCUUUACAGUAACACGGCUAAAGGAGCCAUGGGUCCAUUCUUUCAGCAGGACGGAUUUCUUUUCAAGGAGAAACGCCCGUGCAUUCCUCAUGGUUCCAUGCGAGACUUACUGACCCGAGAAGCUCAUGGGGGCGGGUUGAUGGGGAAUUUUGGUCGAGACAAAACCCUGAGCGUCCUUUCCGACCACUUCUAUUGGCCCCGGAUGAGGCGCUACGUUGAGAGCCUUUGCGCCAAGUGCACUGUCUAUCUCAAAACCAAAUCUAGGUCGCAUCCUUAUGGUUUACACAUGCCUUUACCUAUUCCUAUUGCACCAUGGGUCGAUUUGUCUAUGGACUUUGUGCACUCUAUUACUAAUCUCUCCCCUUUUGAGAUCGUGUAUGGCUUUAGACCAGAGACGCCCAUGGACCUAUCCGCACUGCCCCCAGCCAUGCAAGAGACUUUGGAGAAGAAGGCUGAAUGGAACCGGAUCAAGCUCAACAAGGGGCGCACAGAAGUUAUCUUCCAACCAGGCGACUGGGUGUGGCUCCAUAUGAGGCCAGAGCGGUUCCCGGAAGAGAGGAAGAGCAAACUAUUCCGACAAGGGGACAGACCAUUCCGAGUGCUCGACCGGAUCAAUGACAAUGCCUACCGGCUAGAGCUGCCAGAUGACAGAGAUGUUCUGAGGACAGAACCUGUUCCAGAGGGAGGGGAUGUUGCAGUACCCACAACUGAGGUUACCAUCAUCCGCAAAGGAGCUGCUUGCACAGGAACGAACCGGAUUCAAGCAACUAUUGAUCCAGGAGUUGGCCGACUUAAAGCUUGA